AUGGCGCGCUGCUGUAGUUUUGUGACCUUGCUGCAGUUGCUCUGGCUGGGCGUUCGCUUGAGCUGCGCCCAGAACUACUGCAAUCCCGCACUCUGCCCGGAGGGAGUGCAGCAUGUUGUCUGCGGGAAUAGUGGUCAAUUCGCGAGCGGCUGUCAGGGCGAGUUUGUCUCGCUCGAUGCUCACAUUCCGCUCAUCCUGAAGGAGCACAACGAUCGACGCAAUCUGAUCGCAGGCGGCGGACUGAGUGGCUUUCCGAGUGCCCUGCAUAUGGCGACGAUGUCGUGGGACUCGACGCUCGCCCAGGUGGCCGCCUACAACACGCUGCAGUGCCGCAUGGCGCACGACGAGUGCCGCAACACGAACACCUAUCGCUACUCCGGCCAGAAUCUGAGCAUUCUCUACACGCGCAACAUUGACACGGCCACAUUUCUGCGGGAGCGCAUCGCCGCCUGGUUCGACGAGUAUCAAUAUGCGACCAGUGCCGAUGUGGAGGUUUAUGUGCCGCGUGACGGACCUGCCAUCGGCCACUUUACGACCAUGGUGAAUGAGCGCAACAAUCGCGUGGGCUGUGCCGUCGCCCGGUUCACGGACGCCAAUGGGCUGGACAACACGCUCCUCGCCUGCAACUAUGCGGUCACAAAUGUACAAAACAAUCCGAUCUAUCGGGCUGGACCACCGGCCUCCGAGUGUAUCAGGGGACGUAAUCCCAACUACACCAAUCUCUGUGCGGAGAAUGAGGAAUAUAGCUAUAAUACGUGGGCCGGCUAAUUUUCAUUUCCCUUUAAAUCCAACUCAAUUUCUCC